GUCAGGGAAUCCGGGUGCCUGUGACCAUCACGGUCAUACCCGCGAUUGUUGUCAUUUUCGUAUUUGUUCCUCUUCAAUUCUAGUUCUCCCCUAGCCCGAUCAACCAACCUCAACGCUGCAAAAGGCAUGGCUUUGGCUGCCGCUCUGCUUCUCGCGUAUACUGGCUAAUCCUUGCCUCCCUGCCCCUUCGAGCCAGUCCUGGUUACGUAUACAUCCAUUCAACCACGCUGCACACUUUGGCGCCUAUUCAUGCGUCAGAUAAUCGGACUGGGCCAUCUUACCUAUUGACAGAGGGCUCCGUCGGUCUAGCUUUCCUGACUGGCGUCACCCCCGCGCCUCAUUGGCCCCCAAGCUUGUCCAACGUUUCAUUGAUUCACCCGUGAGCUCGGCCGCCCCAGGCCUACGCUAAGAGUCCGCCUCAUGGUCCUGCGAAAGCGAGCUCCGCCACGCCUUCAUAGCCUCACCCAAGGGAAUGACCGCGCAGGGUCCCGUUUUCCCAACUCCAAACUCUCGCCCACUUCCAAAUCUCUGUCAUCCUCAUCGCCCAAGCGCCUGACUCGCCCGCGACGGGCUCAAAGCUCUCCCCAACCUCACCGGGUUGCCUCCGAGGAAUCGGUCUUCUCCCCUGACCUUAACACCUCACCGGCUUUUGACCUGAUGCCAUUAGAACAAGCACAGAGGUCGCCGAUCCGAACUUCCGCUGGUGACGGGUCGAAUCCUUGGGCCGACGAACUGACAGCGAGGUUUGGGUUGGAUCACGAGUCUCCCCAGGCAGCAGUCGAGCAUCGCGCGCCGAGUGGGGAGAUGGCGAGUGAUACGAAUCAAGUUCCGUCCAUUUCGGUCCCUGGCGCUCAUGAGAGGCCUGAUGGUCGGCAGCCCGACCGUGAUUACACAGGGCAGUCACCGGUUCAGCUACAGUCGAACAACCCGUUUCUGAAACCCAGGUCGCCCGAGCCGAACCCAUGGGAAGAUAGAAAUGCUCGCGCAUCAUAUGGAGAGUCGUUCCAGUCUCAGGAUGGGGCCAGUGUCCGUCUGGGGCAAGACGAGGGCUACAUCCCGAUGACAGCGCGCUUAUCGCUCUUUGAUCAACCCGAGGCAGAGUCACCGUGGGUCGGGGAGCAGACAGCCUCCAUGCCACCGGGCAUACCUGCGCAGCCGUACGGAUCUCAUGACCCGAAUCAACAAUAUCCUGGUCUAUCGCCCGACAAUCAAUACAGCUCUGCGAACGCCCCGGCCGCGCCGUAUGCGACUCAACAGACCUAUCUGCAGCCUACGCAAUUGCAUGACGAUGGCAGGCAAUCUCCGGCGAGAAGCAUGAGUACCCCAGUGACUCUAUCUAGCAAUACAACGGGCUCGUCUCAUGUUCUGAUCGAAUUCGAUGAAGCGACCAAUCCGCCACCCGAGCCUGGCCUCAAGGAAGUCCCUCAGGGGUAUGAGUACGAACCGCCGAUGGACCCUCCGGUUGACCCCCAGCAAGAGAAACUUGUUGAAGCUCCGCCCUUGCCCGACCGCUCCAAGGUCGCAGGAUCCGGUGUAGUCCCAAAGUCGGCCUGGAGUGGACCGAUCUCAGAAGCCGAGGCAAAGCGGCAGCAAGAGCAGCGGUCUGAGACCUAUUCGAUCCGGCACGUGAACUGGAUGGACAGCUCCAGAACGUUACGUGAAUCGCCGGUCCUUGUGCAGAACAAAAACGGACCCUGUCCUCUGUUGGCAUUGGUCAAUGCUUUGGUGCUACGUUCCGCAAGCCACGACUCGCAAUCGCCCAUUGUAAAAGCCUUGCAAACUCGGGAGCAAAUCUCUCUAGGGUUGUUGAUUGAGGCAUUGUUUGACGAACUCACGACGCGUUUGGGGCCGGAUGACGAACUUCCAGAUAUUGAAGCCCUCAGUCGUUUCUUGACCAUGCUGCAUACUGGGAUGAACGUCAAUCCACGACUCACUUUGGAGUCGAAUGAUGCGCUGGGUACAUUCUUAGAAACCGAGGAUAUUCGUCUUUAUGGUACAUUUGGGGUGCCAUUAAUUCACGGCUGGGUCGCCGCGCCAUCUACGGAAGCCGAUGCAGCAUUGGCCCGCACGGCCCAGUAUCACGAGGAUAUCCAGUUACUUCCUUUCCGGAAACAAGACCUGGAAGACACCGUCAUGCGAGGCAACUCGUUGACUCCGCAGGAGGAACUCGUGAUGGACGAUAUUCAGACCAUCCAGAAAUUUACGAAUUUCGACAAUGCAACUCAGCUGAGCGCCUUUGGCCUAGAGCAUUUGGCGACAAAGUUACAACCCGGGUCAUUCUCGAUCCUUUUCCGCAACGAUCAUUUCUCGACGCUGUACAAACAUCCACAGCUUUGUCGACUCUUCACACUGGUCACUGAUGCGGGUUACUCGAGCCAUGCAGAAGUUGUUUGGGAGAGACUCGUCGAUGUUAACGGAUCUGAAGCCGGUUUCUAUUCCGGAGACUUUCGUCCUGUCAGCCACAAUGCACCCCAACACUCGGACCCAUCUGGCCCACGAACAUCGAGCAAUUCGGACCACACUUCUGAGACACAACGUAACAGCGCCAUGACUCCUCAGGAGCAAGCAGAUGCAGAUUAUGCCUAUGCACUCGCUCUACAGUACCAGGAAGAAGAGCAGCGAGAAAAUGCAGCGAACAACAGGAAUCCGUCUCAGCGAGCCUCGAUCUCUCACCCCCCUUCUGGGCUUGCGUCCGGGACAACCUAUUCUCGUAACCGUUCAUCCAGCGCCGUGCACAGCAGUAACGGCUCGUACGCCACAGCCGUAUCAGGCAAUCGCUCGUCAAGGCAAAGCCAGCGUCCUGGCCGAUAUUCGCAAUCGCAGCUACCUACUGUCCGGCCAGCCGAUGACGACGAAGCCCCUCCUUCAUAUGAGCAGGCCGCUAGGACUCCAGUAUACCCGUCCCCGCAGCGAAGUCCCAACUUCCCCGACAUACCUAAUGCGUCUCAAUACCAGAGGACCCAGCUCGGAAGACGGCCUCCCGGAAUGCCCAUUUCCACGGGACCCUCGGAACGUGUCCGAGAGCGGAGCAAGGAUUGCGUUGUCAUGUGAGCGUCCUUUCGGAUUCUCAUGAGCCCGGUUCUCAGUGAUGACGGACGAUGUACACGACUUUAUGUAUUCUAUCCAGCCGCCAUGCAAGCAGGCGGAUUUAAUGUCUAUCAUGCCCUACGACGAUCAUUACGAGUGCAAUAUGGAGGCCGUGUCGGCUUUGGGAGGUUUAUUUUUGCUUUCGAUUGUCUAUUUAUUCCGGUAGAAAUACAGUCAUUUUGCUUGGCAAUAUAGUCAACUUUGG